AUGCUCCGCAGAGCCGUGCCGCCGUCGCUCGCCUCCUCGAGACGGCGGCCGUCAACCACCCAAGCGCGCGGGCUCCAGCCGUGGCCGCCUUCCCGCGCCACAUCAGCCGCGACCGACCGAGGCGCCGACGCGCGUGCCACAGCGCUGAAGCGCGAUACGCUGCUCUCCCACACCGCGGCCGCCGCCCGCAGGCUGUUCGACGGAACGCCCCGCCGGGCCGCUGUCUCAUGGAACGCCGUUGUCGCCGGCCACGCCAGGCGCGGGAGCGUCCUCGACGCGCUGGACGCCGCCGCGCGGAUGCACCGCGCCGGGUUGUCGCUCACGGAGGCCACGUUCGCGUCGGUGCUCGGCGCCUGCGCCCGCGGGCGGUGGUUCCGCGCGGGGGCGCAGGUUCACAGUCAGGUGAUCAAGUCGGGGUGCGAGAAUUUCCCCAUCGUAGGAGCGUCCCUCCUUGAUUUCUACUCCUCGUGCUUCGACCUGACCGCGACUCGCGCACUAUUUGAGUCCCUGCAUCAGAAGAACGAGCUGCUGUGGAGCCCGAUGGUAGUUGCGCUCGUGAGAUUUGGCCUGUUGGGAGAUGCCCUGAACUUGCUGGAGCGUACGCCAGUGCCUCGUGAUGUGUUCGCGUGGACUGCUGUCAUAUCAGGCUUCGCAAAGGGCUCAACCAAGUGCUGCGGCAAGGCACUGGAGCUGUUUGUGAGGUUUCUUGCUGAUGGCUCUGUCAUGCCUAAUGAGUAUACUUAUGACAGUGUUAUAAGGGCAUGUGUGAGGCUGGGAACAUUAGAUUUUGGGCGAUCAGUUCAUGGAUGUCUGAUCCGAAGUGGGUUUCAGUCAGAGCAAUUAAUAACCAGUGCUCUUGUUGAUCUUUACUGCAGUUCUGAUGCUUUGGAUGAUGCAUUGCUGGUUUACAAUGACUUGGAAAUUCCUUCCUUGAUUACAUCCAAUACACUGAUUGCAGGGCUUAUAACGAUGGGAAGGACAGAGGGUGCAAAGAUGGUUUUCUCGCACAUGCCAGAGCAUGACUCAGGAUCCUACAAUCUGAUGAUUAAGGCAUAUGCAAUGGAUGGAAGGCUUGAAGAUUGCAGGAGGUUGUUUGAGAAGAUGCCUCGGAGAAACAUGGUGUCCUUGAACUCCAUGAUGUCAGUGUUGCUCCAGAAUGGAAGGCUGGAGGAGGGGUUGAAGCUAUUUGAACAGAUAAAGGAUGAGAGAGACACGAUAACAUGGAAUUCUAUGAUUUCAGGUUACAUUCAGAAUGAUCAGCCUUCAGAAGCUUUGAAGCUAUUUGUGGUCAUGUGCCGGUUGUCUAUUGGAUGGAGCCCUUCUACAUUCUCUGCUCUAUUGCAUGCCUGUGCAACUAUUGGGACGCUUGAGCAAGGCAAAAUGGUACAUGGUCACCUCUGCAAGACUUCAUUCGACUCCAACGGUCAUGUUGGGACAGCUCUUGCUGAUAUGUACUUCAAAUGUGGUUGUGUGAGUGAUGCACAGUCUGCAUUUGGUUACAUCACAUCACCUAAUGUUGCAUCAUGGACAUCUCUUAUCAAUGGUCUUGCACAAAAUGGUCACUGGAUGGAGGCUCUGAUACAAUUUGGGAGGAUGCUGAGGCAUCAUGUCAAUCCCAAUGAAAUCACUUUUCUUGGGCUCCUUAUUGCUAGUGCCCGUGCUGGUUUGGUUAACAAAGGGAUGAAAAUCUUCCGCUCCAUGGAAAACUAUGGACUAGUUCCAACUGUGGAGCAUUAUACUUGUGCUGUCGAUCUUCUUGGUCGGACUGGACGUACCAGAGAAGCUGAGAAGUUUAUCUGUGAGAUGCCUGUGCCAGCAGAUGGUGUUGUCUGGGGAGCCCUACUUACUGCCUGCUGGUAUUCGAUGGAUCUAGAGAUGGGUGAGAAAGUUGCUCAGAGGUUGUUUUGCAUGGGCACAAAACAUAGGUCUGCUUAUGUCGCGAUGUCCAACAUCUAUGCUAAAUUGGGGAAAUGGGAAGAUGUUGUGAAGGUAAGAACAAGAUUGAGGAGUCUCAAUGCAAAAAAGGAGCCUGGCUGCAGCUGGAUUGAGAUCAAGGAUAUAGUUCAUGUAUUUCUUGUGGAUGACCAGAAUCACCAUGAAAGAGAUAAAAUCUGUUUAAUGCUAGAAGAGUUAGUAUCUCAUAUAUCAAUACAUUCUGAACCUGAUGAUAUGGUUAUCCAAAACUUGAAUUAUUGA